AAACCAAGGCAAAUAAAUCCCUCCAUCCAAUGGCGGGAAAACUCAUCUGUGUCUCCAUCUUCCUCCCUUUAUGCUCUGCUUCACGGCCCGUAGCCCUAUCUUCCCCCACCCAAUCGCCCUUUCCCAAGCUUCGAAUUCUCCACAACUCUUUCUGAAACGUUUCUCCCUCUUCUGCAUUCAAAACCCGAAACGUUUUUCUUUUUUCUGCUUCCAGAAGUCGCCAAUGCCGCCGCCUCCUCCUAAUUCUUCCCAUGUAGUCGCUGAGUACGCGAAGUCGAACCGGUCCUCGUGCAAGGGAUGCGCCAAAGCGAUUGUCAAGGAGGCUCUGAGGGUGGGGAUGGUGAGCCGAGACGCGCGAGGGUUCGACAUGACCAAAUGGCACCACUUGGAGUGCUUUCCGGUCGGCGCUGCCUCGGUUGACUCGGCCGAGAAGAUUAAGGGGUUCGAGACCCUGCAGAGAAGUGACCAGGAAGCGCUGGAGACUUUGUUGGAAAGAUUUGCGAAGUCUGUAACAGAUGGAGAGGUUCAUAAAAGGGAUGAAGGUGAAGAAAAUGAACUAGAGGAAAGGGAUGCAAAGAAAGCCAAGUUAUCUACAUCUGAUGGGGAAACCAAUUCAGAUAUAGCCUUCUCAGUUUCAGAUGUCAAGAACAAGUACAAAGAUGCUACACUUCCACCAAAAUGGAAGGCAUUCAAGACAAUCAUAUUUCUGGAACGGGACGAUGGUCUUCAAGAUUCAAAUAAAAUUGCAGCAUUUGAUUUUGAUGGAACUCUUGGGAAUACAUCUGUGUAUAAAAGAGGUGCAGAUGCUUGGUCCCUUAUGUAUCCUUCAGUUCCUGAUAAGCUACAGAAAUUGUACAAUGAUGGCUACAAACUGGUAAUCUUCACCAAUGAAUCGAAUAUUGAGCGCCAUAAGAAAAAAAGACAGGCAGCAGUGGACUCAAAAAUUGGACGCCUAGACAAUUUUAUCAAGCAAGUGACUGUACCAAUUCAGGUCUUCAUAGCUUGUGGGUUAGGCGAAUCUUCUCGUCAAGCAGCUGAUGCCUUUCGUAAACCCAAACCGGGAAUGUGGCAUAUUAUGGAGAAGCACUUCAACUCUGGCAUUUCCAUUGAUAUGGAUCAAUCCUUCUACGUUGGUGAUGCAGCUGGGAGACAGGGUGAUCACAGUGAUGCUGACAUUAAAUUUGCACAGGCCAUUGGUUUGAAGUUUUAUGUCCCAGAGGAAUACUUUGGUGCCUGAGGAAUUUAGUGGUCAUCCGCUUCUGAAGGCUUAAAGUCUCGCAAUGACUAGUGAUGAUCUUGACUUUUAAUUUAGGGAAAUGCUUUUAACAUUUUCUCAACAUUCUCUGCUGAAUUGACAUGCCACAUCAGCUGAAAAUGCUGAGAGAAUUCUAAAUAGCACACCUCUAUAAUUUUUGUUGUUUUCCUAUCAUAUCAUGGUGUAUUGCUAUCUUACUGUAAACUUUUGAGAUAAGAUGAAGUAGAAUAGCAUUUUCCCUUGAUUAA